AUGCCGCCUUCAAGACCCAAGCCGUCAGAGAUAGCAGCCGAAGCAAAACGGAUAUGGAUGCCACAUAUCUGGAAACACUACAUUCGAGACUCCAAGACCUCAUACCUAUAUCCCGACUCAGCACAAAUAAGAAUCAACGUGGACAAACGAUCAUCACAACGCACAAGAGUAGCAGUCAUGGAAGGUGACCCAGUGAACUACGCUUUGGGCUGGUAUCAAAGCGCGGUCAACGCAGAUUCAGACUGCAAGCGAAUUCCAGUGAUCAACGUAGCGAACGAGAAACGCGCUGGAGGUGACUGGGAAUCCGGGCUUAUGGCACCAGAAGAAUGUUUCGCGAGGAGAAGCAAUCUCGUACAUGCUCUAACAAUGCCAUGGAACGCGCAAUUGGGCCGAGAAGAAAACUACUACCCAAUACCACAGACAGGCGGCAUCUAUUCCCCUGAAGUCUUUGUGUUCCGAGCAGGCCCAGAUCAAGACUAUGCAACCUUUACAGACAUAGCCUCUCUACCCGUAAUAUCGGUUGCACCCGUGCGACGUCCCAAGCUCGACGAGAGCGGAUGCAAAUACUCGUUUGCACAAGAAAAGGAGCUCAUGAGGGAGAAAAUGCGGGCAGUAUUGCGAAUCGCAUCCUACUGCGGGCACAGGAACUUGGUGCUGGGCGCUUUCGGCUUAGGGCCUAUAUUCCGCAACCCAGCACAGGAGGUAGCGCGAAUGUGGAGAAAACUACUCUUCGAAGAGGAGGAGUUCCAUGGCGCAUUCCAGGAUGUCGUGUUUGCUAUUGACAGUAGUAUGGUUGGGUCGCCGAGCAAAGGGUGCGCGUCCGAUGUGGAGAUUUUUAGGCGCGAGUUCGAUCCUGCGACUAUUUGGCCGACCAAGUGGUGA